AUUGAAAAAGCCGGUAGAGUAACACGUGGAGAGGGGACCUGGCUGAAAUCAGACCUAGAGGGGUCCACAGGCGACUUCUAUAGACAACCAGUUUUAAAAUAUUCCAAAAGAAGCCAUUUUAGAUAAGAUGAAGGACUUUGCAUCCACGUCUAGUAAUUUAUACCAUGGGCUUACUGAAACCAGCCAACACACGACUGUGCCUCAUGUACCCGCUCCUUUGGACCACAUGCAAAUUGGUUGUGUUGGGAAUCGCCGGAAAAGUAGAAAGCAUCAACGUUUUUUGAAACAAAAGGAAUUACUGUGUGGGCUGCAUAGUAUGAAAGAAAAGAGCUACAAAGAGUUUACUAAAAGUAAUACAUGCUUCAUGGUCAGUGGCGCCAGUCAGUUCGGCUUCAAAGAGAAAUGUGAGAAAAUAAAUGUAGAAAAGCAAUCAGACACAGUUGGCAAGUUCAAAACCAUAUCUUUCAAACUACCAGAAAUGUCAGGAUCUUUAUCUAGUGAUCUUUUGUCAAGUAAUGCUGACUCUGACAGUGGGCUGUCAAUGACAGGCAGUUGUGUUUCAGGCAUGUCUGCCUUUCUUACCUGGAUGAAACCCGGGAGGUGUGUUGCCAUUGACUGCGAGAUGGUGGGUACUGGUCCUGGUGCAAAAACCAGUGAACUAGCUCGGUGCAGUGUGGUAAACUACUAUGGGGCUGUUUUAUAUGACCAAUAUAUCCAACCUGAGCUGCCAGUUACAGAUUACAGAACUCGAUGGAGUGGCAUCACCAGACAUCACUUGAAGCAUGCUAUUCCAUUUAAGACUGCUCAGAAGGAGAUUCUGAAUCUACUAAAGGACAACAGAGUUGUCGGACAUGCCUUGCACAAUGAUUUUAAAGCUCUAAAGUACUUCCCUCCCAGAGACCAGACACGGGAUACCAGUAAAAUGAGAUUGCUGAAUAAAAUGGCAGGAAUUCCAGCAAGACAAAAUGUCUCCUUGAAAAGGCUUACGUUGGCUCUGCUAAACAAACACAUACAGGGCGGUAAAAAGGGACACUCUUCUGUAGAAGAUGCCGAAGCAUGCAUGGAACUCUACAAAAUUGUAGAGGAUCAAUGGGAGCAGAACCUACAUCUGUACUCAAACCCCAGUUCACCCACAAAGCCUAUUGUCCAUGAUACUAACAGUUACAUGGAGGAUCAGUACUGGCCUCCAGAUCUAAAUGAAAACUAUAGAUAAAAUAGCAUGUUGUUCUAGUUAAAGAGCAUUUUCUUUACAUGUUUACAUUCAUAUUGUGCAAUAUACACUUAUUUAUUCACAGUUUUUAUAAUAUAUAACAUAUGGUUUUCUAUGCAGUGACCUGAUCAUAAAGCAUUGUAUUCAGUGAGCCAUAUAUUAUCAUAAAUAAGCUGUAGCAAUUCUGGGGCAAGCUUAGUGUAGAAUAAUCCUAUUGCAAAUAUUUCUGUAGUGAUUUGUUCCUGAUAUGAUGCCAAAGAAUUGCUCCAGUAUUCCUUAAACAGAUUCUACCUGUUGUAUCCAAUCUCUUAUUAGAGAAUGACAUAUGCAUCCUUUUGGGAUGAACUGCUCACACCUUCUUGUUCCCUAACUUGUCUAGAUAUGUCUAGGAAUUGUUUAAAAUACCUAGACAGAGCUGUAAAUCCUAACUUUGUGUUGCCAUAAGUAUUUAAGCGUUUUUUAGAGUAAGGUGCUCCUUUUCAGAAGGCUGCAGGAUCCAGAUUUAGGUUACUUUUGGACAAUUUAUAUGGAAUAGGCUGCUUUAUAAUUAAGAAUAAACAGAGUACAAAACAAGUAAAAACUGCUGUCUGAAAACCGUCAAUGUAUGAUAUAUUUAUAUCGUUUAUGCAGUUUCUAAGCAGUGGAGAUAUUGUUGUGCAAUGUGUGAAUAGAUGUAAGAAAUGCUCUUAUAUUGGAGAUAUGGAUAUUUUAGCAAUGCAAAUUAAGGGAAAUGCUAUAUAGGAAUCCAACACAUUUUAACAACUGUUGAAAGAAUCAUAAUUAAAUGUAGUGGAGUGGGUCGCUUCCUAUUAACCUUACAGUCAGGUGUUGGUUGUGUCAUACAUAACUUUUCACUUUGAUGGGUAGGAAGUUGACAUUCACAUACUUGAAUCUAUUGAAUCCAACACAAUUUAACCUUGUGUUAAAAGACACAACGUCUUGACUACCCUUUGUGAUUGCUGCUAUUGAUUUAUUUUUUCACUAUUUGCGCAUAAGUCUGUAACUGAGUAACUAUUGGCUAAUGACAAGA